UGAAACCAGUGGGGCCGGCAGACUAGGCAGUCAGUCUGCUGCUGUUUUCACUAUGAUAUAAGUUUCCUCUCCAGCUCAGUCCGCUGCUCAGUGAAACUCUCUCUGCCGGAUUCUGCAGAUAUAUCUGUGUGGUGUAAAGAAAUUCAACCUCCAGCUCAGUUUCGCUGUCCAUUGAUUGCACCGGGAGCUCCACCAUCCGUCAUGGAGGUGUCCCAGACGAUCGAGACCGAGGAGGACAUGCUGACCUGUCUCCGCAUCAAGCUCUUCAGCCCCCAGCAGGACGCCCGGGCCCCGUACCGCUCCCUGCCCGUGGGCGAGAGGAAGAGACUCGCCGCGGACGACCCUCUGAGGCUUGGCCGCGACGCCCAGGCCUGCACCUUCACCCUCGCCGACCCGCGGGUGUCCCGCAAACAGCUGGCCUUCCACGCCUACCGCACCCCCCGCAGCCCGGACUUGCUGUUUACCGUCCAGAACUUGAGCCAGAAGGGUCGGAUGUCCGUGAGCGGCUUGGCGCUGGCCUACCUGGAGCGGGCGGAUCUCCCGGACAAGGCGCUGAUCCGCUUCGGGGAGUAUGAGAUGCUGGUGGUCCGCGAGCCGGGCGAGGCUAAGGCGAGCUUUGAGGUGGCGUUUGAGGUGCUGCCGGUGGCUCCGUCCAUGGAGACCGGCAUGGGAGCGCCUAACGUGACCGCUGUUAUGGACUCAGGCUCCUGCUUUUGUGAGCUCCGGUCACAUGGCCCCUUAGAGAGUGACGAAACUCUCAUGUGUCACUACUAAUCAAAGCCCACCACCACUUAACACUGUGAACUGCGCCUUUUUAUAUUAUUAUCAUUAUUAUAGUGAGAAAGAUGUCAGUACUGUCUUCAGUGACUUGUACUUGUAUUUGGAGGCAAGUUACUUCCCAGUUUAAGCAUGCUUGUAUAUAAUCUUUUUGUAAUAUCAAAUCAACUUUUACUGUGAAAUGAUCUCUAUUUGCACUCUAUAUUUUAUAGAGUGCGAAGCUUAGACUGUAGUAUUAUUAUGACUGUGAAGUAGAGAAAACUUAGUAAUGUCAAGACUUUUUCUGUGUAACUGAUGCAUUAAAU